UCCAACUAAGGAUAUAGUAUCGCAGACUCCCCCAUCACCUACAUCAGGUUCUAACACAGGUCCCUGAUUAAAAACCGGUUUUAAAAAUGAAAGAUGUCCCGGGAUAUCUUGUUCUUCAGCAGAGCACGAGCGGCAGCCCAGAAAUGGCGGCACAUUGGCACGCGCUUGAAGAUUUGUACAACAGAAAAUUAUGGCAUCAGUUAACUCUGAAGUUGACGGAGUUUGUGAAAGAUCCUUAUUUUAAAACUGGAGACACUCUUAUCCAGCUCUAUGAAAACUUUAUCAGUGAUUUUGAGCACAGAAUAAACCCUCUCUCUCUGGUGGAAAUUGUUCUCUUUGUUAUCAGACAAAUCACAGACCCAACUGAGGCAAUUACGUUUCUUGAGAAGACCAAAGAAAAAGUAAAAAGCAGCGACGAAGCAGUAAUCCUGUGCAAAACGGCUAUAGGGUGUCUGAAAUUAGAGAUCAAUGACCUUCCUGCGACAAAGAAACUGAUAGAGGAAGUGGAGGAGAUGCUGAAUAAUUUGUCUGGUGUAACAUCAGUCCACGGGCGUUUCUAUGAUUUAUCCAGCAAGUACUAUCGAUUUGUGGGAAACCACGCGCUGUACUACAAGGAUGCGCUGCGAUAUCUCGGCUGCGUAGACAUCAAAGAUUUAUCUGAGACGGAGAAACAGGAAAGAGCGUUUACACUGGGGCUCGCGGGACUGCUUGGCGAGGGAGUGUAUAAUUUUGGAGAACUCCUGAUGCACCCGGUGUUGGAGUCUUUAAGAAACACAGACAAGCAGUGGCUUAUUGAAACGCUCUACGCCUUCAACAGUGGCAACGUCAUCAAGUUUCAGGCUUUAAAAUCGGCCUGGGGUCAGCAGCCAGAUCUUGCAGCUCAUGAGGUCAAACUCAUGCAAAAGAUUCAGCUGCUCUGCGUAAUGGAGAUGACUUUUACACGGCCCACCAAUAACAGACAGCUCUCAUUCCAGGAAAUUGCACAGAGCGCUCAAAUCCAAGUCAACGAGGUGGAGCUGCUCAUAAUGAAAGCACUCUCUGUUGGAUUAAUCAAAGGAAGCAUUGAUGAAGUGGAUCAGACUGUUCAGAUGACAUGGGUUCAGCCAAGAGUACUCGAUUUACACCAGAUUAAGGGCAUGAACGAACGGCUGGACACGUGGUGUAAAGACGUAAAGAACAUGGCGGUGUUAGUGGAGCAGCAAGCCCAGGACAUUCUCACUUAACACAACGUACCAAUCCUCUCAACACUCAUCAUACAACUAUUCCUUUAUUAUGUGUUUAUACUUUACACUGGCAUUCAGGACUUUUACUUUCCACACCUAAUGUUAGCAGAUAUUUUCUAUUAGGUUCCAAGCUGUUUGAGCUUUAUGUAUGUAUGUAUUUACAGUAUGUAUGUAUGUAUGUAUGUAUGUAUGUGUGUAUGUGUGUGUGUGUAUAUAUAUAUUUAUCAUUCCUGAAAAUGCAAUUAUUUACACUAUUUCCAGAGAAAGAAAUAUUUAAUUUCAAGUAAAUGUAUGUACAAUGCACAUUAACAAAAUUCCUUCUGUACUCAGAAAUAGUCUUGUGAAUUAAAGCAUCAUAAACAAUGUCGAGGUUAAGAAUUUCAUAUAUAAUAUUGCUUAAAAUACAGUAUAUCUAUUUAUUCUGUUUGACACAUUUUAAAUUACUGACAAAAAAAGUAAUUAAACCUGCAUAUGCAUACAUAAGUCAUAGGUCUUGUACGUAUGUGCUGUGCAUAAUUUAAACCUUGUCUAGCACAGGGUAGUAUUUCCAUAUAGUGAUUAAAAUAAUUUGUUGUCCAUGGCUGUGCAAGUCAAGAUAAUUCUCAUUCUGCUACUAUACUAUUCUGUAUUACAUGGUUUAAAAAAGGAAUUAAAAUUACUAAUUAGGCUGACUGGGAUUUGAUAUACAGAUGGUUAACAAAUUAAAGAAAAAGCACAGAUGUUAUACAAUGGGGGGCAUAUACUUAUUUUCCUGGUAUGGUUUGGCAUGCAUUUCUGCAAAUCAACACUGUUUUCGGUUUGAUCACCUUGAUUUUUUUAAUGAAUCCUCUCUUUCCUGAUUGCCAUGGUUUAUUCCAAAAUGACGGACAGUUGACCACUUGUGAGAUUUUGAAAAAACUGAGUUCAUUACUCCAGAGGCAUGCACAAUCUACAUCAGGGGGUUCUUGUGAUUGAUGAUGGCAUGACAGCUUAUUAACACUCAAUGUUGAUUUGUCUUUCAAUUUGUAACCUCCCUGUCAAACAUAUACCCUGAAGGUUUGUGUAUGGUUUUUAUUUCAGUUUCACUUAAUCUGAAACAUGGAUAAAACACAUUAUUCAGGUUUUAUAAAUUUCUAAGUAGCAUUAUUAUAAAUCCUGCAUGUUUCUAUACUAGGAACAUAGUGUAGUUGUAUAAUGCAGACAAAUGUAGCAGUAAAAUUACCCCAUCAAAGUUACUAAAUCACUAAUCUGUGUUUUAUCUUUUAGAUUGAUGAUACCUACUAUUUACAGUAUAUGCUGAUUGAUUGCCUAAUCCAAAAUGAUGUGCAACAAAAUAAUAUAAUGAUAAAUGAACUUUAUUGCCCUUAAAUAUACAAUCAAAUCCAAAAUAUUUGGCACUUGAAAAUAUGAAUAAAUCUAUUGUCCAAAAUAA